AUGAGUCUCACUGACGAGGCGCUCGUGAAAAGUCAACAAAUUGUCUUUGGUGAAGGUUCGCAAUCGCAACAACAACCAGGAAAUAUUCCGCUUCAAGAUCCUAAUCGUCAACACGAAUUUGGGAUGUUUCCGGGUCAAGCACAUGUCGAUGCCUCUUAUCGAAUUCCAAAACUUUCUAAUUUCUUCCGCGAGGAUCCAGUCCUUUGGUUUGCUCAGGUUGAAUUAGCUUUUGAAUAUUCUCGUAUAACAUCAGAACGCUCUAGGGCUGGUGCCGUCGUGUCCUCCUUUGAUUGUGAGGUUCUUCAAGUGAUUGGUGAUUUGAUAACAUCCGUGAACCCCAUUCCUAAUUUGUAUACUCGAAUUAAGGAACGAAUUAUCGAGAAUUUUGCCGUUUCUCCUGAAAAUGAAUUACGUAGUAUUUUGAAGGGCGAUUCUUUCGGAGACGGUAAACCUUCCGCCAUUUUGAAUAAAAUCAGACACCUGAGUCGAGGUCGAUGCAGCGAAGAAGUUUUAAAAUCGAUAUUUUUAGAGCAUUUACCAUCCGGAUGUCGAUCAAUUUUAGCUGUAUCCGAUACAAUGGAUCUUACUCGCCUAGCAACUCUUGCCGAUAAAAUAAUGGAGAAUGGUUUUUCUCAAAAUCCUUCAGUUUCAUCCAUUUCAAACGCCAAAAUCGACCAGACUCAAUUAGACGUUAUUAAAAGGGUCGACGCAAUUGUCUCUCGACUCGAGGCAGUUUCUUUCGGGGAGCGAGGUCGAAAUCAUUUCUUUAAAGGUCGUUCUCCGGGAGGUCGUGACAGGUCGCGAUCCCGUUCUCAAUCUAGAUUCGAAAAUAAGCGAAGAUCACGGUCUGGGAAUUCAUCCGGAUCAUAUUGUUUUUAUCACAAUAGAUUUGGCAAAAAAGCCAAUAAAUGUAAACCACCUUAUUCUGGAUCGGAUAUCUCUAUCAUUCCAGCGAACCGCGAAGACAAAAUUAAAUCCGUCAAAUCAGUGCUUUAUGCUGCCAAUAAUUCAAUCAUAAACACUUUUGGCGAACGCCGAUUGAUUUUGAAUUUUGGUCUUCGUCGGCUUCUUAAAUGGAAUUUUACUGUAGCAUCCGUUCCCUACCCUAUCAUUGGGGCGGAUCUACUUUCAACAUUCGGUGUUUGCGUUGAUCUUCGAGGUAGGAGAUUAAUUGACACUCAUUCCGGCAUUGUAUCGGUUGGUGUCAUGAAAUCGGCUCCUUUUUGUGAUGUCAGUGUGGUUGAUAAUUCUUCUAAAUUCACAAAAAUUUUAAAAAAUUUCCUAAAUCUAACAGGUCUUUCUGAAUCCAAUGGAAUUUCAUCUGGUAAUGUGCAACAUCAUAUUUUAACAACCGGUCCCCCUGUUGCAGAACGUUCACGUCGUCUCUCUUCUGAGAAGCUGUCUGUGGCCAAGGCAUUUUUUCAGAAAUUAGAGAAAGAAAAAAAGUGUCGUCGUUCUAGCGCAAGUUGGGCUGCACCUCUUCAUCUUGUCCCAAAAAAGAACGGUGGUUGGAGAGUUUGUGGCGAUUAUCGCCGGCUAAAUUCGGUAACGAUUCCGGAUCGUUAUCCUGUUCCUUUCAUUCAAGAUGUUUCUUCAAUGCUUUUCGGAAAGAAAAUAUUUUCUUCUCUUGAUUUAGAAUCCGCUUACAAUCAAAUCCCUAUUGCUCCGGAUGAUAUUCCUAAAACAGCCGUGAUAACUCCAUUUGGAUUAUUUGAAUUUACUGUUAUGACGUUUGGCCUGCGUAAUGCAGGACAAACGUUUCAACGCUUUUUACAUCAAACACUCGGCGAUUUAGAUUUUGUAUUCUCGUACAUAGACGAUCUUCUCAUUGCAUCCUCUUGUGAAAUGGAGCAUGAGAAACACCUUCACAUUGUUUUCGAACGUCUUGACCAAGCUGGUCUUAAAUUGAAUCUUGAAAAGUGUAAUUUCGGUAAGUCUGAAAUUGAAUUUCUCAGAUACCUAAUUAACAAGGAUGGAAUCUGUCCUCCACCCGAAAAGGUGAAAGCGAUCCUCGAUUUUCCGAAGCCUAAAAACAUUCUUGAGUUGAGAAGAUUUUUGGGACUCAUGAAUUUUUAUCGAAAAUGUUUGCCUAACGUGGCUGAAAUACAAAAACCGAUAAAUUCUUACCUUCACGAUUCACGGAAGAACGACAAACGCGAAGUUUUGUGGACACCUCGUGCCGAGGAGGCAUUCGAGAAGUGCAGGUCUUCUGUGGCCAACGCUACCUUAUUAGUUCAUCCAUCCAUUGACUCACCUACGCGCGUUGUAUCAGACGCAUCAGACUCAGGCAUGGGUGCUUCUCUCGAACAAUUUCAGCAUAAUAUUUGGAAACCUUUGGCUUUCUUCUCGAGGAGUUUUACCCCGACACAAAAAAAGUAUAGUACUUACGAUAGAGAGUUGACAGGUUGUCACGAAGCCGUAAAGUGCUUUAGACAUGAAUUAGAGGGACGAGAAUUUCAUCUGGUCACUGACCACAAACCCCUGAUUUAUGCCUUUUCUCAAAAGUCGGAAAAAGCCUCUCCUAGACAGCAGAGACAAUUAUCCUUUCUAUCUCAAUUUACGACAAAUAUUAAAUAUAUUCCCGGUCCUGAAAAUGUAGUCGCUGACAGUUUGUCGCGUGUCGAUUCAAUACGUCUUGCGACGAACGUUAGCUUAAACGAGCUUUCUGAGGCUCAAAGAACGGAUACCGAACUAGAUAAUCUUAUUAAGGACAAAACAACAUCCUUGAAUCUCAAACGCAUGCUCUGGGGUACUGAUCACACCCCAGUAAUAUGCGAUUUAUCAGGUGAGACUCUUCGACCUUAUGUCCCAGAAAUCUUUCGUAGACGUAUCUUUGAUAUUUUUCACGAAAAAUCACAUCCUAGCGCAAAAGUCACUUGUCGAACUAUACUGAAAAGUUAUGUUUGGCCGAAUAUUAAUAAGAAUAUAAAAGAAUGGUGUCGAAAUUGUAUUAAUUGUCAGAAAGCCAAAAUUUCACGUCAUAAUAUUUUAUUGCCCUCACAUUUCGUUUCUCCUGAACAAAGGUUCCGCCACGUUCAUAUGGACAUCGUCGGUCCUUUGCCUCUAUGCGAUGGAUUUAGGUAUUGUUUUACCAUGAUCGACCGUUUUUCUCGUUGGGCGGAAGCAAUUCCAUUAAAAGACAUAGAAGCAAAAACCAUAUAUCGCGCGUUUGUGGAUAACUGGAUAUCCCGAUUUGGCACCCCUGAAAGGAUUACGACUGAUCAGGGAAAACAAUUCGAGGCACGAAUUUUUUCAUCCUUAUUGCAUCUUUCUGGUUGUCAUCGCGUGCGAACCACCGCAUAUCACCCAGCUUCUAAUGGGAUGAUUGAGCGGUGGCACCGCACCCUGAAAGCGGCAAUUAUGUGCCAUUCUGAUAAAAAAUGGACGCAAGUCCUUUCUACAGUCUUGUUGGGACUUAGGACGGCUGUGCUUGACUCGGGGGCAUCUCCCGCCGAAUACCUAUACGGAACCACUUUGAGAAUUCCUGGCGAAUUCGUUCUCCCAGAGGAAUUUGCGGCAAACCCGCAAAUUUUUCUUGAAGAGUUUCGCGAGCAUAUGCGCCUCGUCAAACCCGUCCCCGUGGUACAUAAACAUAAAAGAAACAUUUUUGUUUUCAAAGAUAUGAGUACAUGUUCACAUGUUUUUCUCCGUGUCGGAACAUUAAAACGAUCUUUAGAAAGUCCAUAUUCGGGACCUUAUAAGGUUCUCGAUAGGAUUUCUGAUCGAGUCUACGAGAUUGAAGUUAACGGGCAGAGUAAAAGAAUAUCGGUAGAGAACUUGAAGCCAGCUCAUUUCGCUCGCGAAGAUCUGUUAAUCACGAAUAAAAAUUCGGGAGAUGAUAACGUUGAUGGCGUUCCCUUGCUGGAUAUUCAGUUACCAAAUAUUUCUACUCCUCAGGAGAAUUUCGCGCAAAAUACUGUAAUUAUACCUUCAACAAGCGAUAUAACUCCUCGCAACCAAAAUCUUGUAAUUAUACCUCCGACUAUUGGCAAAUCGCCUUGUAUUGAUAAUUGUGUGAAUCUUCCUCCGCUAAAAACUUAUUCGAAUAAGAAAAAGAGCAAUAAUUUGAAUGAAAUACUUGACGUCAUGUGGAAUAUGGCAUACAACCCCGAAGAGCCAGCAUUAUUUUUAAGACCAGCCGCACCACGACCACCCGUACCGGCUCCGAGAGCAGCGCCAAGGCGAAAUCGUUGGGAUCAGAGACCUGCUGCACUAGCGGUACCACAAGAAACAUUACAAGCAGGUCCGUGGAUUCGUGUUCAAACCCGUCCACGACCACCAGUACCGGCUCCGAGAGCAGCGCCAAGGCAAAAUCGUUGGGAUCAGAGACCUGCUGCACUAGCGGUACCACAAGUAGAAGAGCAAGCAGCACCGAGAGUCAUACGCCGUAUUGCUCAUGUACCGCGACUACCACGUGAGGUGCCAGUACCGGCUCCGAGAGCAGCACCAAGGCAACCGCGAACACCACGUGAAGUACCAGUACCGGCUCCGAGAGCGGCACCAAGCCAACCGCGAACACCACGUGAAGUACCAGUACCGGCUCCGAGAGCGGCACCAAGCCAACCGCGACUGCCACGUGAAGUACCAGUACCGGCUCCGAGAAGAGUAAUUUGUAUUAGUGCUCAACCUCUUAGAGGAACAGCACGUCAACGCCUAACGAAGGCUAUGAGGAUGUUGGCCACAGCAUCCUCAAAAAAGGGGCGUUAA